GGAGGGUUGGUGUGUGCUGCGCGGAGGUCUCCAGCCGGGAGCGUACCGUGCCUUUUGACAAGCUAUGUCAAGAUAGGAAGCUAGAUCUGAAGCUUUCUUGCAAGUUUUGGAAGCUGCAGGGCCGGCAGAACUGAAACUUGCUCCUAGCUCAUCACCGCCGUUGUUUCCCCGUAGACCUCCCACUCACUGCGACCAUGGAGUCCGCAGUCCUCCAGCUGAUGGAGAGCAUCGUCAAGGACAAGGACGCGUGCGGAAUGAUGGCGUCUCUCUUCCAGACUAUCGCCGGCGACAUGAAGGGCUCGCAGCCGCUCUGGGAGGAGUUUGUCAAGCACGCCGCCCGGCUCCACUCCUGCCUCAAGGCUACACUCCUGGCUAUAUCGUCCUAUCUGGACUCCUUCCAACGCAUAGCCGACACCGCCAGUGCCGCAAAAGGCGCCACCAGGGACAUCGGUACGGCUCUGACUCGGAUCUGCCUGCGGCACCGGGCCGUCGAGGCCAAGGUCAAGACGUUCGCCAGCGCGCUGGCCGAGUGUCUGGUGAUGCCGCUGCAGGAGAAGCUGGACGACUGGCGCAGGACGGCCGCCGCGCUCGAGAAGGAGCACAACAAAGAGUACAAGCGCCAGCGGUACGAGCUGAAGAAGCGCUCGGCGGAGGCGCUCCGGCUCCACAGGAAGGCGCGGAAGGGCGGCAGGCCGGCAGAGCUGCAGCGCGCACUGGACGCCCAGCUGACCGACCUCCAGCAGCGCUACCAGAGGCUGGAGGAGUCGGAGAAGACCUCACUGGCGGCGGCCAUGGUGGAGGAGCGCAGUCGCUACUGCCGCUUCGUCGCCUGUCUGCAGCCCGUCGUGCAGGGGGAAGUGGCCGUGAUCGGUGAGAUGGUGCACCUGUCCGAGGUCAUGAGCCAGCUGGAACAGAACACGACCGACGCGCUCACCCUGCCGGCCGCCUCCGAACAGGUGAUCACGGACAUGCGAGGCGUGAGCGAGGCGUGGCGGCUCGACUCGACGCCCAGCUCGACGCCCGGCUCGGCGGCCGGCUCGGUGCCCGGCUCGCCCUGCCCCAGCUCGUCGCUGGGCUCGCGGAAGUCGUCCGUCUGCUCGGUGGCCAGCCUGAACUCGUCCAGCUCGGGCGGCACGCUGGUCAGGAGUUGUGACCCCGUGUAA